GGUUAGAGGUUAUUUAGACAUUAAUAGCAUAACAGCUAGGCCACGAGCCUCUUACAGUUUAAAUUGGACCCUUUCCCUAUUUAUUGAGCAACAUUUGUUAUCUCUUUGACACGGCUGAUAGCGCGGCUUUCUGCCACGUAUCUGGGGGAGUGAAUGAGCGACAGCGACGCUGCUGUUGCUGCUGCUGAGCGGGAAACCCGACCUGCUGCCGAACAGAGCAACCAGCCGGUCCCGCUUGACUGCUGCGGAGGUCUGAACAACGUCGACUACUCCAAGAUGGACUUGGUGCCGAUUGAAGAAUUCAUAAGACAUAUUAACUUUCAUGACCCAAACCUUUCCAUCGCAGUGAUUGCCAUCAUAUUCAACCCUAUCUUCUGGAAUGUGGUGGCACGAUGGGAGCAUCGUACUCGGGGACUUUCCAGGCUCUUUGGUGGCCCCUAUGUGGCCUGUUGCGGUCUGGGACUCGUCAUCAUUCUGCUCAACGUUUUCCGGAGCCACAGUAUGACAGUGGUGAUGAAGACCCAGGCCAGAUGGGAACUGAUGGAGCGGACGGAUGUUUUCUACGUCGGGAUCUCCCUUAUAGUGAUGGGAACGGUUCUGGUGGUCAGCAGUUUUCUCGCUCUGGGCUUCACUGGGACGUUUUUAGGCGACUACUUUGGCAUACUGAUGGAUGAGAAGGUGACCGGUUUCCCCUUCAGCAUCGUAGAGAACCCGAUGUACUGGGGCAGCACAGCCAACUACCUCGGCCUCGCGCUCAUUGGUGCCAGUCCUGUUGGGUUGGUUCUUACUGCCAUAGUGGCCCUGGCUUAUAAAGUGGCCAUAAGAUUCGAAGGACCAUUCACAGAGCAGAUCUAUCUGCAGAGAAAUCAACGCCGCAAACAAGAGUGAUCUCAUCCCUCACCUGCUGGUGGGGCGGCUGAGGAUUCCCAUCCGGGCACGUGGACGGACGCACACCGGCUGUAGUCGUUAAUGGACCGCUCGAGCGGAAACGCAGGGAAAUGUGUGGAGAUGCAACUUAUUUCUUAAGAUGAAUCAGGAAGCUUAAAGCUGCACAAUGUAACUUUUAUAACUUUUACUUACAACUCUGGAAAAAAUGAAGAGACCACUGCACUGGGUCCCAUUGAAAACC